GUGUUUGAUACAAAGGCAACUUUUUUUGAACUGGAGAAGAAUGACAAAGGUGUGGUUCGACCGUACAAUGACUUUUUUGGUAUCAUUAGUCAAUUGUGCGAAGAACCCGACUUGUUUUUUAUUGUUGUUGGGAAAAGCAAGGGUUUAAGUAUUAAGAAUGAUGUGGCUUUUGGGCUAUCAAGAGUUAUAUUACAUUUUAUCCCUUUAUCACCUUUGGACGCUUCCAGUAUCGUUGAGUUCCUUCAAAAAAGUCUUCUUGAAACACCUACUCAAGUUCCAGUUUGUAAUGUCUUAUGUAGUUCUUCAUUUUCAGUAAAUGAAUUGGCAGAUUCGUUAUUGGAAUGUACAGGUGGAGUUCCUGGUUUGUUGACUCGUGCAGUAAAUAUGCUUCUGAAUUAUAUAAUAGCAAGAAACCAGCCUUUCAUAUCGAAAGAAGAAUGUUUGACGUGUAUGAAUGACUACGAUUUCCGAAGAAUUUGUGCUGAACCAUUUGUGGAACGAAUAUUGAAUUUGGACGAAGAUAGAAAAAGUGUUUUUGAUUUACUUUUGAUGAUGGCACUUUAUCGUAUACCGUUUCAAGUAGAUGAUAGAUUGUCCUCGGAGUCUUAUCUAUUUGAUGCAGUCACUGAGAUGGGACUAUAUCGAUAUCCUAUUGAUCAGAAUACUUUCCAAAUUCUUAUUCCAAAAGUAUUUGUUGGAAUCUUCAAGAAAGACCCUUCCAUCUCUUCUUUGGAAAAGAUACUUCUCGAAUCACUUGAUGUAGAACCAGUAGAUUGUUUCGUCUAUUCAAAGUGUCGUGUAUUUGAAGGAAUUGUCGCUUUACGACUAGUUUUGAUGUUGUCUUCAAAGAAUCGAAAUGAGUUGAGAGAAUUGUUGUGUCAAUUGUCUCCGAUAUGGAAACAAAUGAAACUUCCAAUCAGUACAAUAUCACCUAUUCACUAUAUCAAGUCUGUUGUUAGUUCUAGAGAAACAAAAAGUGAAUCGAACAAGAGUCGACGAACUUUUGCCAAUACUGAAUGGAAUAAGAUUAUUCGAGAGACACUUUAUUUAGAGACUAUUUACAUUCCUUUGGACGCUACUUCUCAUAGUCCUGAUAUUAUAUUCAAAUUACAAUCUCCUGUGGAACCCAAAGUUCUUACUGUUGGAGUUGCAUGUAAAGGACGUUGGAAGUCGGAAGGAAUUGGCUUGUCAGAUAUUAUAGAUGAAGCCAAGAAAUUUUUAGAUCCUGUUUAUGAUCAAGUCUUAUCCAGUGCAGUGGAUUAUCAUCAUUGUAUGCUUAUUAUCGUUAGUACAAAGUUAUCAUUGAAUGUUUCUAAUGAGUUGGGUAAUCAGAGUCGUUGUUACUCCAGUGGAAUGUUUAUUGGAGGUGAUUUGUUCAAAGUACCUGAUAAUUGUGAACUUGUUAUUCUUUGUGAAAGAGAUGUCCAAAUGCUGAUUGACAAAGAAAUAUUGAAUGGACUUGAAAGAGCAUUUUGUGUUUCUCAUAAUCCUACUUUCUGGGAUUUUGGAUUAGAUUUACUCGAUAGAAUCCGUAACAGUUUCUUAAGUUGGCAAUAGAUUCUAACUCAGUCCUUCCCUUUGUUUUGAAGAGCAAAUAAACUUUUUUUUGUAUGU